AUGAAAAAACUCGCCGUCUUUCCUGCCUCUGGCAAGCUGGGCUCGGCCACAUACCAGACACUCAGCAAAUUGCUUCCACCACAACAGCUCGUUCUUAUCUCUCGACACCCAGAAAAGGUCCCCGAAGAUCUGAUCAAGGCCGGAAUCGAGACUCGCAAGGCCGAUUACGAUGCUCCCGAGACGCUCAAGAACGUAUUCGACGGCAUCUCAUAUCUGUUGCUGGUUUCAUAUCCGAGUAUCCAAAUCGAGCACCGCUUCCGAGCUCAUCAAAAUGCCAUGACAGCGGCUCUUGAGAGUACCCCGGGCAUCGAACACGCCUUUUACACCUCGCUGGGAUUUGGGGGAGACGGGAGACCGUCCUCAGCCGCAUAUGUCAUGCAAGCACAUCUGCGGACAGAGGCCUGGCUGAGAGAAGUUGCCAACCGCGAAGGUGAUGGCUUCACGUUCACAGUCAUCCGAGAGGGCAUAUACUCUGAGACGUGGCCCAUGUACACUUCAUUCUUCGAUCCGAGAGCAGGCAACAACAGCACGGCUUACUUACCUCACGACGGCACUGGACCUGGCAUCGCAUGGGCUUGCAUUAGGGACCUGGGAGAGGCAACCGCAAGACUGAUCAAAGAAUAUAUUGACAACCCCAGCGAUCCCCGGUAUGUCAACAAGAUCAUCAUCCUUACAGGACCCAGGGAUUGGUCUUUGAAAGAGACCGUCGAGGUUCUCGGAAGGCUCGGCGGAGGGGGUGCAUCGAUCGAACAGGUCUCUUCGGACGAGCACGCACAUAACCCUAAGGUCGUGGAGAAAAUCGGAUCCCAUGGUCCAGGCAACAGUGUAGCGAGAGACUGGACGACAGUGUUUGAAGCAGUACGCAAUGGCGAGACUUCAGUCGUCAAUGGCGAGCUCGAAAGGUUACUCGGGCGAGCUCCGGAGUCCUUUGAGGAGACAGCAAAGCGGAUGCUUGCGAAUUGA